UUGCAGGGUUUGUUUGGAGAUCCUCUGCUUCUCCCCAAACUUGACCUGUUCACCAGCCGCUUCAAGGAGCGGAUGAUCUCCAUGACGCUGGAUAAGGACAAUGAAGUGUCCGUGCAGACCAUGAAGCUGCUGCUUCUCAUCUCCAAAACAUGUGAUGAUGUGCUGAGUCCAGACGACUACAAGCAGCUGCUCCAGUUCGUUUACUCCUCACAGCGACCGCUAGCAGCCGCCGCAGGGGAGCUGCUCUACUUGAGGCUUCUCAGCUCUGGAGCUCGUACAUCUGAUUCUCAGGAUGAAGUUGAUGAGGAGGAGGAGGAGGAGGCGCAUAAACUCCAAACUUCUGCCAGACUGAAGUCUCUGCUGCAGUUUCACCAGGAGUCUGAG